AAAAGAGGGGAGGAGAAGAAAGGAAAGGAGAGGAGCCAGCUGGCAUGAGGAGCGCUGCACGGCUGCAGUCUGAUGUGAAAGACCAUUUCUCAGCCUGCUUAUACUUCAGACCACACAGACCACUCUCCCUCACUGCACACUCUACACAGAGAGAGAGAGAGAGAGAGACAGAGAGGAGAGGACAGAUAGAAAGAGAAAAGGAGAGAGAGAGGAAGGAGAGGAGGAAUAGAAGGGAGAUAGAAAGGAGAUAGUGAGAGGAGAGAGAGGAGGAAGAGGAGGAAGAGAAGGAGAUAGAAAGGAGAGAGUGAGAGGAAAGAGAGGAGGGAGAGAAGGGAGUGAGAGAAGAAGAGCACGCCUUGAAGAGAGUGAGAGUUGUAAUACCCACUUCUCUGUUCUCUCCGUUUAGUUUUGGAAAGCUCUCUCUCACUUGCACUCCAUCCCGCUUCUCUCUACGCAGAGCCUCAUCGCGCUGACAGGAGGAGUUCACCCACGGGUCUCCACAGACAGAACCAACAGUCAGAGUUACAAUGGUCCGGGAGAAUGGAGUAUGAUAUUGAUUUUCAUAAACACUUCGCCUGGCUGAAGAAGGUGAACCCGCGGUCGCCUGCCAGUAAGGAGACCUACCAGGAGCGCUUGUUACGCUUGGAGGGAGACAAGGAGUCCCUCGUCCUACAGGUGAGCGUGCUCACGGACCAGGUGGAAGCUCAAGGCCUGAAGAUCAGUGAUCUAGAGAACUGCUUGGAGGAACACCAGCUCAAACUGAACUCUACUGAAGAGAUGCUGAAACAGGAGCUUCACAGGAGAACCUCCCUGGAGAGCCAGAAACUGGAGCUGCUGGGCCAGGUGUCCUACCUGAACAUCCAGCUGACCAACAUGGAGGGCAGACACGCCCAGGGAGUAGAGAGACAGCACAAAGCUGAGGAUCGCAGGAUCGAGGAACUGACCCUCCUGUUGAGCCAGUGCCGACAGUUUAGAGAGAUCUCCACGUCCAGGCAUGGUAACCACGCCCCGCCUCCGGCCUCGCCCCCUGCUAUCCCCGUGUCCAAUCAGAGGACGCCGUCCAGCAGCAGUGAGGAGGAGGAGCAGGGCGCCAUGACGACGGCUCUGUCCACCGACUCCCCGUCCAGCAGCCUGAAGUCUGAGUCCCAGCUGUCCUCCAGCAGCUCCUCCCCACAGCUGCGUUCCUCGCUCUCCCCUCACAAAGACCCCCGCUCCAAGCCACAGCCCCUGCUUCUCUCCAGCAGCAUGAAACCUGUGAUAGACAGCACCCUAUUGGCUCACGCUUCACCUGAGGUCCAGCAGGGGGAGAGCAGGUGUUCCACCUUGCCUGUGAAGGUGUCACUCACGGAGCACAACGGAGACUGCGAGGCCGGAGACACCAGCGAGGCUGGAGAGACCAGCGAGGCCAGCGAGGCCAGGGAGACUGCAGACAGCCCAGAGGCCAGGGAGACCGGGGAGGCCAGCGACUCUCAGAGCCAGAGAUCUCCAGCGACGAGUGAGGACGGAGACUCCAUCCAGAGAAAGACUGAGAAGACAGGAAGUGUCCCGCCCUCUGACUCCUCCCCCCAGUCCUCAGGGGCGGAGUCAGGUCAGCGGUUGGUGGGCUCUCCGGAACACCUGAAGAACAACAGGAGCAUCAGGAAGCUGUGGGGGAAGCUGAGGAGGACCCAGUCUGGGGGGCUCCAGUCUGGGGGGCUCCAGUCUGGGGGGCUCCAGUCUGGGGGGCUCCAGUCAGUGGACCAGGACCAGAGCCAGUUCAGGAGGGGGGGUCUGCGGGCCACGGCAGGGCCCAGGCUGACGAGGAGCCCAGGUUCUGCCAGCGCAGUACGUGAUGUCAACACUCCGUUCUGCCAGUGGAGCCGGGAUCAGGUGUGCGGCUGGCUGGAGGACUGUGGCCUGGGGCAGUACGUCAACCUGACCAGGCAGUGGGUGGAGAACGGCCAGACACUGCUGUCUGCGACGCCCCAGGACUUUGAGAAGGACAUGGGAAUGAAGCACGCCCUCCACAGGAAGAAGCUGCAGCUGGCUCUGACCUCCCUCAGCAGCAACGUGGUGGAGAAGUCCUCCGAGCUGGACCACAUCUGGGUCACACGCUGGUUGGAUGACAUUGGGCUCCCUCAGUACAAAGACCAGUUCCACGAGGGCAGAGUGGAUGGAAGGAUGAUCCAGUAUCUCACUGUGAACGACCUCUUGACCCUGAAGGUCACUAGCCAGCUCCACCACCUCAGCAUCAAGUGUGCCAUCCACGUCCUCCACGUCAACAAGUUCAACCCCCACUGCCUCCGCCGCAGGCCUGGGGAGGAGAAGCAGCCCCCUCCCUCGGAGGUGGUGCAGUGGUCCAACCACCGGGUGAUGGAGUGGCUGCGGGCGGUGGAGCUGGCGGAGUAUGCCCCCAACCUGAGGGGCAGCGGGGUGCACGGGGGGCUCAUCAUUCUGGAGCCUCGGUUCAGCUCAGAGACCCUGGCCCUGCUCCUCAACAUCCCUCCUCAGAAGACGCUGCUCCGCCGCCACCUGGCCUCCGCCUUCUCCCUCCUGGUGGGGCCGCAGGCCUCCCUGGAGAAGAGGGAGUACGCCAACGCCACCGGCCACGUGCCCCUCACCACCACCGCCAAAGUCAAGCCCAAGAAGCUGGGCUUCAACCACUUCAGCCACCUGAGGAAGAGGAGACCUGACGAGACGGAGGACUACAUCUGUCCCAUAGACACGGGAGCACUUGUUGUCCCUAACGGGGUCUCCCCACGGCCAUACGCAGGCCUCCGGGGCCUCAACCCCAUUCUGGACCGAGACACAGAUGCGAUGCAGGAGCAGUGUAGAGAAACGACUCUUUGACCAUCAUCAUCACCACCACCACCAGAUCAAAGAGAUGUUGCAAUGGUUAUGGAGGUCCGAGAAAUCAAUCCAUUAUCCGCACUCCUCAUCCAGACUCCAAAUGGACAAGCUUUCAGACUGAUCCAGAACUGACCUCUCGUUGGUGGAAAAUUAAACUUGUUUAAACCCA